UAAGAGUGUCAGACGUCCAUUUUAAGUCUGUCCAACUCAUCGUGGAAGCUGUACAGAAAGGUUUCAGGACUAUGGACUGAAUUACAUGACAGACAUGGGGCAGGCACAGCAAACAGAGAGCAUUGAGCAGAUAGACAUUAAAAUCAUUCAGGAUAUGUACAAAAAAUUUGUUUUGGAAUGCCCGAGUGGAUUACUUUUUUUGCAUGAGUUUAAGCGUUUCUUUGGUGUGGAUGCUACAGGAGAAGCUUCUGAUUAUGCAGAGAACAUGUUUCGAGCGUUUGAUAAAAAUGGGGACAAUACAAUUGAUUUCCUUGAGUUUGUGGCAGCACUAAAUCUUGUUUUCCGUGGAGACCUGGAGCACAAACUGCGCUGGUCAUUCAAGGUGUAUGACAAAGAUGGAAAUGGAUAUGUGGACAGGAACGAACUUCGGUCAAUAAUCGAUAGCAUCUAUCGGAUCAAGAAAAUCUCCAAGGACAACACAAGCGAUUCCUAUCUUACUGUUGAUGAGGUUGUUGAUCGAAUAUUAGCAGCUGUUGAUACUGAUGGGGAUGGUACUGUGAGCAUGGAAGAAUUCAUUAGAGGUGCACAGCAGGACCCCUGGCUGCUUAAUAUUUUAAAGCUGGACAUGAACCCUGCCAGAUGGGUGAUGGACCAAAGGAGAAAGAGUGCACAUUUCUGAACUGUCAAAGCACCUCAGCUUUUCCCAGAGAGAACAAUCUUGACUAUUAUCAAGGGUCCUUGUUUAUGAAAUGGAAUUAGAUUCACUUUUGGUCUUACUGUAAUGUAGAAAAUAUCUUUUCUCUAAGCAAUCUCUAUACUUGACAUAUAAGCGCUUUCCUGGAUGGUUAUGGGAUUGCAGAAUGGGAUCUAGAAUCAUAGUUCUGUAUUUCUGCCCCACUUACUUUAAUGCAGAGGUAACAAACUUCAUAGCUGCAUGUUUAGCUCUGUUUGUCCUUUUUUCUAUACCAUGUGGUCUAACUUUAAUUCCCUCAGCCAUCAUCUUCCCUCAACUUCAUUGGUGCUGGCAUUAUAAUAUGCUCUUUUCUUUCUUCAUAAACUGUAUACAUUAUUUGAAAUGAUUUGAACAGCUUUAAUAACUCAUACACACACACACACACACACACACACACACACACGUAUAUAUAUAUAUAGAGAGAGAGAGAGAGAGAGAGCAAGAGAGACAAGUACAGCCUUCUUUUUUAUAAAGUUUAUGCUGUAAAUGAUGAUGUAAUUAUUGAAUCAUUUGAAUGUUUUUUUAUUUUUGUUUUGAUAACUACAUGAUUAUUGUGCAUAUCAAUGAAAGUGCAGCACAGAAAUAUGGUUUUAGUUUCUUUAAGAAAAACAAAAACAUAAGAUAAAUAAGUCAUGCUGCCAUGCUGUAUAUAUCCAACAUGUUAAACCCUUUUCUAAUGUGCAGAGAUCCACUAGUUUUUGUCGUGAAGAUCUAUGGUGCCAUCUAAAGGUGAACUGCAGUCCUCCCACCAAGUCUCACUAUAAGUUGGAAUUUAAAGUGAAUAAUAAAAACAAACAAAACAAAAGAGAGUAAUAAAAAAAAAUACAA